GUAGGAGGGCAAGUUAGCAGCCAGCUGUGGUCGAUCAAGAGCCCGCCACUCCAGGCGCGAUGCUGUUCUGGACUGCGUUCAGCAUGGCUUUGAGUCUGCGGUUGGCAUUGGCGCGGAGCAGCAUAGAGCGCGGUUCCACAGCAUCAGACCCCCAGGGGGACCUGUUGUUCCUGUUGGACAGCUCAGCCAGCGUGUCACACUAUGAGUUCUCAAGAGUUCGGGAAUUUGUGGGGCAGCUGGUGGCUACGAUGUCUUUCGGACCCGGGGCUCUGCGUGCUAGUCUGGUGCACGUGGGCAGCCAGCCUCACACAGAGUUUACUUUUGACCAGUACAGUUCAGGCCAGGCUAUACAGGAUGCCAUCCGUGUUGCACCCCAACGUAUGGGUGAUACCAACACAGGCCUGGCACUGGCUUAUGCCAAAGAACAAUUGUUUGCUGAGGAAGCAGGUGCCCGGCCAGGGGUUCCCAAGGUGCUGGUGUGGGUGACAGAUGGUGGCUCCAGCGACCCCGUGGGCCCCCCUAUGCAGGAGCUCAAGGACCUGGGUGUCACCAUCUUCAUUGUCAGCACUGGCCGAGGCAACCUGUUGGAGCUGUUGGCAGCUGCCUCGGCUCCUGCCGAGAAGCACCUACACUUUGUGGAUGUGGAUGAUCUUCCUAUCAUUGCCCGGGAGCUGCGGGGCUCCAUAACUGAUGCGAUGCAGCCACAACAGCUUCAUGCCUCGGAGGUUCUGUCCAGUGGCUUCCGCCUGUCCUGGCCGCCCCUGCUGACAGCGGACUCUGGUUACUACGUGCUGGAAUUGGUACCUAGCGGCAAACUGGCAACCACAAGACGCCAACAGCUGCCCGGGAAUGCUACCAGCUGGACCUGGACAGAUCUCGACCCGGACACAGACUAUGAAGUAUCACUGCUGCCUGAGUCCAACGUGCACCUCCUGAGGCCGCAGCACGUGCGAGUACGCACACUGCAAGAGGAGGCCGGGCCAGAACGCAUCGUCAUCUCGCAUGCGAGGCCGCGCAGCCUCCGCGUAAGCUGGGCCCCCGCGCUUGGCCCGGACUCCGCUCUCGGCUACCAUGUACAGCUCGGACCUCUGCAGGGCGGGUCCCUAGAGCGCGUGGAGGUGCCAGCAGGCCAGAACAGCACUACCGUCCAGGGCCUGACGCCCUGCACCACUUACCUGGUGACUGUGACUGCCGCCUUCCGCUCCGGCCGCCAGAGGGCGCUGUCGGCUAAGGCCUGUACGGCCUCUGGCGCGCGGACCCGUGCUCCGCAGUCCAUGCGGCCGGAGGCUGGACCGCGGGAGCCCUGAACUGCCUGCCUGCUCGUCCACCCGGGGGCCCUCUUCCCUAGCCCGGAGAGAGAGACACUGCUGCUCGUGGGUUUUCUUGUGGAUGGAGUCGGGUGGGGAGAUGGGAUGCCGGUCCUGCCUUUGACCAGCGUUAAUUCCUUUCGUCGUUUCCCCACUGGUCAUCGCCGCCCUUGCCUGACUUCCGGGAAACCCGGGUAGCCUCACGCGCAAUGGCGGUCCUCUCCGGUUGCCAGUGGAGUUGAGCACACGGUGGUCCUUGGGCAACUCUUGGCGAGGGGAUGGACAGUGUCUGAGGUCAGGUUGAGGACAUAAGACCCAGGACAAGCCUUCAGGAGAGGAGGCCACAGAGUUUCCAACCUGUGCCAAAGGCUGGGCCCUCUGGUGGCAGGGACUACGCAUGGCUUUGAGGAGGCGUUCAGGACCAUCCAGGUCCUGCCUGGGCCUAGAAAGUGGGUAGGAGAAAGGGAAGAGAGACUAGUGUAGACAGGAUUCCCGAAAACUUCCUCAAGGAAAGGAAAGAUAGGGAGGUAUGCUGGGAGGCUGAUGAUGUGGCAUUGGUUUUCAUCAAGAUGUCCUGCCAGCCUAGAGGCCGGGAUCUGUCAGGGUCACUGACUCUGCCUUCCUGCCCAGGACCUGCACUGGGCCCUCGAUCAGUGCCAAGGAUGCAGUCUUUUCACAGGAAUGGGACGAGACCUUGGCAUUUAGGGCCUCAGGGAUAGGAGAGCCGCACUAUGACAGAUUCUAAGGGAGCCUCCUGCUUUAGUGUAGGGAGCAAGGUGUCAUGCAGGUGGGCUACCUCCUGCCAUCACCAUUACCCUGGGGCAUCUGACAGAUACCUAAGGGUGGUCAGGAACAGGUUUCCUCUCAAGUCCCUAUGUAGGCCUCUCCUCUCCUCUCAGAAUCAUUUGCCUUAUCCCAAGCUUACUCCAUCUCUUCCCCACUAAUGACCCGGACUCUAACAACAAUACAGUCAGACAGACAUAAACUGUGCCUGCAGUCUCAUUAAAAUGCUGUAUUUUUCGUCAAAACUCUCCCCAGCUGUGGUACUCGUGUGGGCAGCAUGAAAGGUUGGACGUACAGGGUUUAUUACGUUUGGGGAGUAGGGGAAGCAGGUCUGCAGCAUCCGUACACGGAUCAUUCAGGCUCCUGUCCCUCCAUGUUCCCUGCCAGCUUCAUACCAGGGCCUCACUUCUGCAGCCCGCGAGCGAUCCAGUGUCUGCAGUAGGUCAAGUUGUUGCUGCUACAACUCAGAGGGCAGGAGGCUUUACAGGGGUGUCCCCACCACCGCCUGUGCUGUACUACACACUGCUCGGCCCUCUUCUUACAUGUUUUCCUUACACUACUUUGGCUGCAAGUGAGAUCCAGGAGCUAAGUAUUGAGAGAGGUGGGGUAGACUUUGGGUAUGGAGAGAGCAGAGGUGGCUUUCCUGAGACUUUGCCCUCUACCAUUUCCCGAGAAGCUGAAGGAGCACGGUAGGGCUCAUCCUGGACACCCAAAGGAGCACUGGCCAUGCACCGAACGUGUUGUGUUGGUGGGAGGUGGCUGUUUGUGUGACGAUGGCUUGAGAUACAAGGCCCUAGCCGGCUCAUGGAGCAGAAGCCAUUGGGGUAUGUGUGUUUGGGAGGGGGGGGCCCUCUCCAUGUGUCCUUGUCAGGGCAGUAAGCCUAUGUGUGCACUUACAGGUUUCAUGUUUCACCUGUUGAUCAAAAGUUGGAGCUCAGAUACUUCCUGUGAUGUCAGUUUCCAGGCCAGAGGCUGAGGCCAUCUGCAUCCAGGACAGAUGUAGGUUUGGUAUGUUGGCCUCACAUUCCCCUAAAAUAUGGAAGUUCCUCC